CUACAUUCAGACCUCCUUCUCCUGCUCGGUGCGUCUCCUCAGUCCGAUCGCUGGCUCUCCGUCCCCACGAUCGUGGUAAGGAUGCUGCGCCGCGGGCUCCUGGCUCUGCUGGGGCUCCUUGUGCUCUGCAAAGGCCAGGAGGAGAGUGGAGCAGGCGAGUCCUGCGAUAACUUCACCGACCUUGACCUGACCCACUGCUUCGUGGGAACCACCCUGUACGUGCGGCUGCUGCUCUACACCCACUCCAAUCUCGACUGCGGCCAUGAGUUAAACCACCACCACCUGUCCUCCCAGCCACUCUUCAACCUCUCCCAUCCCACCGCCUUUGUUAUCCAUGGCUACCGGCCCACCGGAGCCCCCAUCUGGAUCAACCACAUAGUCCACCUGCUGGCCGAGCAAGAAGACAUGAACAUCAUCGUGGUGGACUGGAACAAAGGGGCGGCCAACCUCAACUACUUCACUGCUGUGACUUACACCAGAGAGGCCGCUCUCAACCUGACGGGCUUCAUCAUGACGAUGGAGGCUGAAGGAGUCCCUCUGAGCUCAGUUCACCUGAUCGGUGUCAGUCUGGGAGCUCACCUGGCUGGAUUUGUGGGAGCAAACCUGAAGGGGAAGAUUGGCCGCAUUACAGGUCUGGACCCCGCUGGGCCGAUGUUCACCAGCGCCACACCGGAGGAGAGGCUGGACCCUUCAGACGCCAUGUUUGUGGAUGUACUUCACACCGACAUGAACUCCUUCGGACUGAGAGGAGCUCACGGCCACAUCGACUUCUACGCCAACGGUGGAGCCGACCAACCGGGGUGUCCCAAAACCAUCUUUUCAGGUAAAUCUUACUUUGUGUGUGACCACCAGCGCUCCGUCUUCCUGUACCUGUGCGCUCUGAAUCGAACCUGCAGCCUCACCGGUUACCCCUGCGCGUCCUACAGCGACUUCCUGGACGGCCGCUGUCUGCAGUGUGAGGCCUUUAAACCCGCCUCCUGCCCCGUACUCGGUUAUGACCUCAGCCCGUGGAGGGAGACUCUGCUGCAGCUCGGACAGACCAAAGUCUUCUUCAGCACCACCGCCGCGCUGCCCUACAGGAAGCUCGUGUACAGAGUGGACAUGGUGACGUGGAACCAGUACCUCCGCUGGGGGGUCGUCUACAUCCGGCUGCACAGUGGCAGGAAUUUCACAGAGGCCCGGAUAGACCAUAAGCUGCUGCGGUUCGAGCAGUACACCUCCACGCGGCUGCUGGCCCAGUUCGAUGAGGAUCUGCAGCACGUCCAGAAGAUCUCCCUGCGAAUCAACACCGGCAACGUGAUCGGCCCUCGCUACAAAAUCAGGCUGUUGCGAAUCCGCUUCACCCCGCUGGAACGUCCUGAGAGGCCUCUGAUGUGCCGCUUUGACAUCAUCAUGGAGGAGAACAUAGAGGUGGCGUUUCGACCUCUGCCCUGCGGCUCCCGCCUCUGAGUCUCGCGCAGGCCUAAUUCUCCUCCUUGGAAAUGAAUCCCGCUCACCUACAAUCCUUCCAGAGGACACGCAGACGUCCUCUGGGUGCUGCGGGGUCUCCCGUCCCACCCAGCAAACCUGCAGGGGCCCCACAGGGGAGCUGCCGGCCUCCUCGCUCCUGACUGUGGAUUACUCCUGGUUAUAACUACCAGGAAGUGGAAAGCUAAUAAAAGUUAAGCUGCAAGAAAACUGAGAUUUGUGAAGAGAUGCUGGACGAAGCUGAAACUGACGUCGUCCUGAGAUCAGCUCACCGGACGUUCAGUCUGCUGUGACACUGUGAACGAUGAAGUGCAGAAUUAAUUUGUGUGUUUAAAGCUGAUGCAUUUGCAGAAAGAAAAUGUUCUAUAAAUAUUACAGUUUUAUCUACAGACCUAAAUGUU